AUGGCGCCCCCCCACCCGCCUACCGGCGCCCUGCUGGGGCCGCGGGACGCGCCGGAAGUGAUGUCACUAGAAUCCGCCGGGAGGGGCGUUGCCAUGGCAGCCGCGCGGGGCAUCCUGGCCCCCUCUCCAUCCCCAUCCCCUCCCCCCUUCUCCCUCCCGGUGCCGGCACCGGGGACGGCGACACCGGGGACAGCGACACCGGGGACAGCGGGGACAGCGGCAGGCGGUCGCCCCCCCCCCUAUUUCCAGCCCCUUCUCCCCUGGGGGGGCCCCGGCGCGGGAGGAAAGACGGCUCUCAGCACCCUGCUGCGCUGCUUCCCCUGCGAGCGGCUCUGCGGGGGGUGCACGGUGCCCCCCGCGCCCCCCCGGCCCCCCGGGGCCCUGCCACCCUCGGUGCCACCGCCGCCGUCCCGCCGCCACCUGCCCCCCGCCGCCUGCCUGCCCCCACGGACCUUCCACAGCUACCUGCCCCGCUCGCACCGCACCUACAGCUGCGUCCACUGCCGGGCACACCUGGCCAGGCACGAGGAGCUCAUCUCCAAGUCCUUCCAGGGCAGCCAUGGCCGUGCCUACCUCUUCAACUCCGUGGUUAACGUGGGCUGCGGCCCGGCCGAGCAGCGGCUGCUGCUCACCGGGCUGCACUCGGUGGCCGACAUCUUCUGCGAGAGCUGCAAAACCCCCCUGGGCUGGAAAUACGAGCAGGCCUUCGAGAGCAGCCAGAAGUACAAGGAGGGGAAGUUCAUCAUCGAGACGUCGCACAUGGUGAAGGAGAACGGCUGGGACUGACGGCACGGCGGGGGCACCCCGCAGCACCCGCGCUGGGGGGGGGGUCCCCGGUGCCGGGGUGCCGACGCGGUGUGUCCCCCCCCACCUCCGCACCUUCCCCGGUGCCCUGUGGUGGGGGCACCCCAUGCCUCUGCCGGGGGAGCACAGGGCCCAUCACCAGCAUGGGGGGGGGGCUGCGGGCAGCUUUUUUAGGGGAAUAAAAGCUUUUUUUUUUAAAAAAAAAAAAA